AUUGGUUUACAAAAAAAUCCCUGAACACUAAAAGUAACUAACCAUAGAACUAACAUUCUUUUAUUCCCGUUAAUUGACUGUUGUUCAAUCUGAAAGUACGAAAAUGACCUGCAAAAGAAGGAAUGGAGGUCGUGCAAAGCAUGGUCGCGGCCAUGUGAAACCUGUACGUUGUACUAAUUGUGCCAGAUGUGUUCCUAAAGACAAGGCAAUCAAAAAAUUUGUCAUCAGAAAUAUUGUUGAAGCUGCUGCAGUUAGGGAUAUCACUGAGGCUUCAGUGUACACCCAAUAUCAAUUACCAAAACUAUAUGCUAAAUUGCACUAUUGUGUAUCGUGUGCAAUUCACAGCAAAGUUGUGCGUAACAGAAGUAAAAAGGAGAGAAGAAUUAGGACUCCUCCUCAACGCAGUUUCCCUGGUAGAGACAACACCAGAAAUAUUAUGCCUCAAGUUAGGAAGUAAAGCGUGUUUAGUGCAUAAAUAUAUAAAUAAAACAUGAAAAUGC